GCCGCUCACACCGAACCCGUGCGCACUUGUUGUGCGCACUAUAAACUCCCCGAAAACUCAAACUGCCUGAGGAUGAAAUACGAGUUGACGCUUAGGGUUCUGAAAACCUUUAGAAUGAACCAAAACAAAGGAUGUGUGUAAAAAGCAGCAAAUGAGUGGUGACGUCACGCCUCUUUGGCAGUACGCUGUUAAACGGAAAGUGAUCGGCUUCUCUAAGGUUAACUUGCAGCAGUUGAACUUCUUCCGUGUACCUUUUAUUCAUCAACUGACACAUGAGAGAACUAACUGACUGAGAACUGUUUUCAUGGAGUCUACCUAUAAUUAGACCACUGAAAGCAGCUUGUCAUAAUCCAACUUACCUGUUAUGAAGAAAUGGAUUACUUUCCAUACAUCUUCUAGUGAGAAAAAUGCUUUGGCAGCGGGCAUUUUCUGUUAUAAAACCAUGAAAAAGAUUAUCUGGGGAUUAUUAUCAGUAAUAUUUUCUCUGUUUGUCAUCCAGAUUUUAUGGUUAACUCCUAAACUUAAUGUGCACUUUCCUACUAGAUUUUUAAAGAAGAAUAGUUUGUCUCAUCCCUGCUUCACUGAAGCUACUAUUUCCAGUAUUGUUAUUGAUAAAGGAUACAACCCAUUUAUGCAGUGUUCUGAUAUUAAUGGAAGAAAUAAAGAUCUUGCUCUUUCAAAGUACAAAUUACCUUAUGGAACUUUAAAAACAGAAUUCCUGUUUCGUAGUAUUUUAAGAUUGCUUGAUGAAGAUUGUGAAUUUGGGUGGAAUGAAGAAAAAAGCAGCUGUAACACCUGUGUUGUUGUUGGCAAUGGAGCCAUCUUGAGAAAUAAAAGUUUAGGUUCUGUUAUAGACUCAUUUGAUGUUAUCAUAAGAAUGAACAAUGCACCUGUCAGUGGCUAUGAAAAUGAUGUUGGUACAAAAACAACAUUCCGAAUGGCAUAUCCUGAAUCCUUAUUUAUCAGUCCAGAAGAUGUUGAUCCAAAGUCCACCUUAAUCUUUAUGUCCUUUAAACCUAGUGACCUACACUGGAUGCUGCAAACCCUGCAAAAUAAAAAUGUGAGCAACUUUGGAUUUUGGACCAUCCCACCCAGAAAACUGCAGUAUAGUAAAGAACAAGUGCGAUUAUUAAAUCCACGUUUCAUAAGAAUAGCUGCUUAUGAAUUUCUUAAUUUCUCGAAGAGACCCCUGAAAGAAAAGAUACCACAACACCCUACAACAGGAAUGAUUGCCAUUACAAUGGCUUUGCACAUGUGUAAUAAUGUUUCUAUAGCUGGAUUUAGGUAUAGAUUUGACAAUGUAACAGAUCAUGUCCACUAUUAUGGGAAUGAAACAAUGAACGUGAUAAAAAUGAGUCCCUACCACAAUGUCUCGGUUGAAAGGAAGUUUAUUGACCAUCUUAAGAAAAGGAAAAUAAUCCAGGACUUAACAAAUGAAUAAUGCCUGCUGAAUGUUUUAAUGGAGCAUCUGCGGGAUUCAUUAUCAUAAGCUUGGCUGUUCUAUACUAGAACAAUGAAAAAAUAAGUAUCAUUCAAGAGAAGGAAAAUAUGACUAAAUUACCAAUUCAGUAAAAUUUUUCAAAUUGUAUGAUUUCUCUUAAUAAAAAAAAAAACUGCAGUUUGAUCAUUGCUAUUGAAAAGUUUAUAAAUUGAAGAACAGCUGAUUACAGCUUUUUUAAAUCAAACAAGUCCAGACAUUUCUCUUGUGUUCAGUUAUAAGAGAUUAUAUGAUGGAUUUUUUUCGUGUGUGCUUGAAAGAUUUGGAAAUCUAAAGCAGUAUGUAUGUACUAUGAGUAUUUGUAAAUAGUAUUGUGUAUGUAAAUACAAGUAUGUGUGUGUGUGUGUGAAUACCAUGUGUAUUUAUAGCCAUAUAUCCCAUUAUGAGUGAGUUAAGAAAAUUGGAUAAGUUCUGUAUAAUAAAACUUUAAAGUAUAAAGAAUUAGGUUAAUUUGUUUUUUACUUAAUAUUACUGUGCCAUUUUCAUUGAACCAAGAACUAAACAAUGUAAAUGUUACCAACACUGUUCUUAGUUUGUUAAAGUUUUGUCUGAACUGAUACACGCUCAGGGUAUACGCAUGAAGGACAGUACAGUAUUUUAAUUCAUACUCUCACCAACUACCUUUUUGUUUUGAUCUUCAUUAAAUUUAGAUGAUUAAAAUACAUCAAUGCUGAAUAAUUAUUUCAAUAAUUUUAACAUAAGUAAUUAUUUGUGAAACAAUUUGAAUUUUACAAUUUACAAGUUUAGGUGUUCUUUUCCAUCCAUCCAUUAUCCAACCCACUUUAUCCUAACUACAGGGUCACAGGGGUCCGCCGGAGCCAAUCCCAGCCAACACAGGGUGCAAGGCAGGAAACAGACCCCGGGCAGGGCGCCAGCCCACCGCAGAGGUGUUCUUUUUGAACAUCUAAAUUCAAUUCACAAAGCAAUUUGCAUAUCUUGUAUCAAGCGUAAGUUCAAAUGUCAUUUUGUCUAUCGCACAGUAACAUUAUUACAUGGGUCCCUCAGACUAGUGAAAGUGGUAUAGAGACGACCUCAGAUGAUAUUGUCUCAGGAUAAGUCUGCUGGCUGCUACAAUAUGUGCAAACUGGACAUUUACAUGUAGCCUUAUGAAGCCACCUCUCAGUUUACUGGUGCCAGUGUAACCAGUCCUGUAACAGUUGACAGAUGAGGAGGUAAAAAAAAGGAACUGCAGGAUGACUGAGGUCCUUAACAAUCCUCUAAGCCUUUCUAAAAGUGUUAUACAGUAUAUGUUUUAGACAGAAAAUAGCUGUGUGCCAGUGAUGAUGUAUUAACUUCUCUAUGCUCCCUGGUACCUUGAGUUGAUCAGGUGCCACAUCUGGGUGGAGAUAACCUGUCUUUCCUUAUAUUUAUGUUGAUUUUUUCUUGUAUUACCUUUUACAUGUAAUUGUACAGUAUUUAUGUUUUAAUGUUAUCUCCAUGUUUUCUUAAUAAAAUUUGGUGUUAGAGAUGCUAUGAAUUUAAUUUUGAAUAAAUGUUCUCCAUGUA